AUGCCGUGCGUGGCCAUCGGCGCGCGAGAUGAAGAGGAGGAGCAGGAGGUGAGUCCACCUCCACCACCGCCUCCAGCUAUGCGCAAGGUCUUGUUUGUCGAUGUGGACCAUGUGUUGAACUCCACACCGGAUCCCCGUGCCAUCCGACUCGAAGAGGAACCUUGUGCCCUGCUUCAGCAGCUGCUGAAACGGACUGGAGCCCAUUUGGUGCUCACCAGCCACUGGAGGCGACACCAGGCCUAUUUGCUCGAGAUCUUAGCCAACUACGGGGUCACACCACCUCCACGACACGUGGACGUGACACCCUUCAACGCUGACAGCAGCAGGAGAGACCUAGAGAUUUUGCAGUGGCUCAACACCAACCGGAAGGAG